UGUUCGCAGAUCCAAAUGUGUGUUUGAGUGUCAUCAUCUUCAAAUACUGGAUUUCUCUGCUCCUAUAUAAACCUGUCACUCUUAACAAUUUUCAAGCAGUAACCGCAUGGGACCCACUCUCUAGACACAAUUCUUAAUUCUCUCUCUAAUUUCCCCAUCUCUGUUUCUCUUUCUCUCUCUACCGCUCCAUUCUCUCUUAUUGUUCUGAGGAUUUUUGUUUCCUGAUUUUGUGGGGGGAGAGCUUUGCGUCUGUGCAGUGGCCAUUUUCCGGGUUUUGUUAUGGUGCGGAUUGAUCUUGGGGGAUCGUUUUUGCGUGUGAACUGGGUUGCUUUUACGGGUUUGACAUGCAGGUUGAAAUAGAUUCCUGGGCUCAGAUGUAAUAUGUGCCAUUAUUGUGGUUCCAAAUCCACAAAGUCUUGUAGCAGCAUGGAUAAGCAGGAGAAUGAUAACUGUAAAAGAUUAAAUGGCAUGGAUUCUGUCCAGUCAUGCCAAUUUUGUGGUGAAAUGAAAGAUAAGAAUUUAACUUCUCAUGCGGUGGCAUCGAUCAGUCCAACUAUUUCAAUGCAAAGUAGUGAAAGAUCCGUCUCAAGUUGCAGUGAAUUUUCAGUUGAUGUAAACUCUGACUACAGGGGUUAUCUUGAUGAAAGCAGCACAGACAGCAGUCAAGAGAGUUUCAAUUCUAAUACAAGAGGGAGUCUUUAUGGAUUUAGCUUACAACCUCCAUCAAAUGGAAGUAAUCUAGAUUCUAGUGGAAAUAAUAGAAGUGCAAUAGUGGAAAAUAGUAGAGUGGAAAGAGACAUUGAUGAAGAAACUGGAAUACCUUUUAAUGUUGAAGUGGAUAGCCACUUUUGGCUACCACCAGAUCCUGAAGACAGAGAUUUGGACUUGGAGGGGAGUGUGGCUAAUUAUGAGGAUGAUGACGAUAUUGAAGGUGGUAAUGGUCUGAAUUUAGUUAGCUUUGGAGAAGAGUACUCUGGGAGUUUCAAGUUCAAAGAGGAAAAACAGAAGGCAAUGGAAGAGGUUAUGUGUGGGAAGUUUAAGGCGCUUGUUGCUCAACUUCUCAGGUCUGUGGGUGUCAACCCCAAAGGGGAAGAUAGUGACAGUUGGGUUGAUAUAGUCACUGCUCUAUCAUGGAAUGCUGCUUCGUUUGUGAAGGUGGAUGCAGCUGAGGGAAAGGCAAUGGAUCCUGACGGAUAUGUAAAAAUAAAAUGUGUUGCAACUGGCUCACGCAAUCAAAGCCAAUUCGUCAAAGGUCUAGUCUUCAAGAAACAUGCUGCUCACAAACACAUGCCUACAAGGUACAAGAGUCCCAGAUUGCUUUUGAUUCAGGGUGCACUUGGUCUCUCUUCAAAUGAGUUGUCUUCUUUACAAUCAAUGCAGCAGCAGGAGAAAGAGGGGCUCAAAUCAUUUGUUGAAAUUCUAGAAAAGUACCAUCCCAAUGUGGUAUUAGUGGAGAAAGCUGUGUCUCGUGAUGUACAGGAAUCCAUCCUCCAGAAAGGAAUCACGUUAGUCUUUGAUAUGAAACUUCAUCGCCUUGAGAGAGUUGCUAGAUGCACUGGUUCACCUAUCUUAUCCUGUGAUACAUUGGCUGCCCAAAAAUUAAGGCAGUGUGAUUCAUUUCAUUUUGAGAAGUUCAUAGAAGAACAUGCUAUUUCUCGUGAAGGUGGAAGAAAGCCCAACAAAACAUUGAUGUUUAUUGAAGGUUGUCCCACUCGUCUUGGAUGUACGAUUUUAUUGAUGGGAAGUAACAAUGAUGAAUUAAAGAGGAUUAAAUGUGUGGUCCGAUGUGCAGUUGUCAUGGCAUAUCAUUUAAUCCUUGAGACAUCCUUCCUUCUAGAUCAGAGGGCAAUGUUUUCUACUAUUUCCCCAACACAUUUGGUGACUGUAUCAGCUAACAAACAAGAUUCAACAUCUGUUGGUGAUGGUGCAGAAAGCCUUUCUAAUAAUGAAGAUACUGCUCCUGACAUUCAUUCAACAACUGAUAUUGCAAUUUCUGAUGGGCUCCAUGCAGAAGGAAAUCACAAUUUAAAGUCAGAAGUUGACUCUGCAUUGUCACUUGAGCCGUACAAUCCAAUCAUCCUAUCUGGCCUUUCUUCUCUUUCAUCCUCUCUAAGAAAAGUUAUGGGCGAAAGUUUCCCUAUUUUGUCUUCCUCUCGUCAAUCUAUGUCCUCAUAUCUUGGUUUUGACAGAAGGAACGUGGAUGAUCUGGCCCAAACUGAUGUUCAAGUUUCUAACUCUACAACUGUGGUUAAUGAUGUUAAAGAACCAAAGAUUUUCCCUGAUGAAGAGAAGGCUCCUGAGAAAGAGAUUAUAAAUACUUCUUUAACAAACCACGAGGAACCUUUAGAUCCACAGAAUGAGAUACAUGAAGAUCAAAGGAAUGGCAGGGAUGAUAUUAGCACAGUGUUAGAUUCUGAAAGUAUUUUGGUUCUGAUGUCAAGCAGGAAUGCUUCGAAAGGAAUUAUGUGUGAGCAUAGCCAUUUUUCUCAUAUCAGGUUCUACAAGAAUUUUGAUGUCCCUCUUGGGAAUUUUUUGCAGGAUAAUUUGCUAAAUCAGAAGCUCCCGUGCAAAACUUGUGGUGAACCAUCUGAAGCUCAUAUUUCUUACUAUGCACACCAUAAUAAGCAACUCACAAUCCAAGUUCGACAUUUUCCUGCUGACUGGUGUUUGCCAGGUGAAAGUGAAGGGAAGCUUUGGAUGUGGAGCCGUUGUGGUAAAUGUAAAUUUGAAAAUGGAAAUUCAAAAUCCACAAAGCGAAUUCUGAUGUCUGCUGCUGCUCGUGGUCUAUCAUUUGGAAAAUUUUUGGAGCUGAGCUUCUCAAACUCCUCAUUCUUCAGUGCACCAUCUGGGUGUGGACAUUCUUUUCACAGGGAUUUUGUAUUCUUCUUCGGAUUAGGUCCAAUGGUUGCCAUGUUCAGAUACUCACCUGUUGCUACUUAUUCAGUGUCUCUACCUCCUUUGAAGCUUGAGUUUAGCAAUCCCGUUAAAGGAGAGUAUCUAAAGAAAGAUUUUGAGAAAGUACAUUCAAAAGGGAUUCAGAUGUUUAUGGAUAUUGAAAAUUCUUUGAAGGAUAUAUGGUCUCAUUCCACUGGAAAAGAAUUCAACCUUCAAGAAACUCCUAAAGAAUUCAUUGAAAUUGAAGCAAUGUUGAAGGAGGAGAGAUCUCAAUUUGAGGUUGGUGUUCAGAAUCUCAAUAAUGGGAAUGGGGAUAACAUUGUGUACAAACUCCUAAGCUUGAACAGAAUACGGCUGGAGCUUAUGCUUGAAUCAUGUGUUUGGGAUCGAAGGCUUCGUGCAUUGCUGUCAUCUGAUACCAAACUGAUGAGGCAUAGGGAUUUUAAAGUUGACAACAUGGAGCAUGGGCAAACUUGCCUGACACAGUAUGAUAAAACUGGAAGAGAAGUCAAUGACAUUGAAACAGACAUGGAAAGAGGGAAUGAUGUUGCAGACAGGUGUGCUGACAUUAGAAUUGAUGGCUCUAAUGGUGAUGAAAUGGAUGAGGCAGAAAUUUCAAUAGAAGGCCAUACAGAUGUUUCAGGAAAUGCACCUUACCAUGAUAUUAAUGCGGCUGCUAUUCCCAUUACAGAAAUUCAUCUUGACAAACAAGUUGAAGGAUCAAUAUUGCCAGAUGACUCAUCAUCUUCUUGUGUCUUUCUUGAAGGUGGUAAGAGCCCAAUUGAAAUGAAUGCAACUGGAAAUAGUUUAUCUGCACUGGACACUAAUUCCCAUUUUGGUGAUGCAAGUCAUGUAGAAUACAAUAGUCCUAAUCAAGUGCUAACAGAUAAAUUAAUACCGAUUACUUGUGAUGUGGGUUCCAACCAUUUUCAAAGGCAAAAAUCCUUUAUUUCGAUGCUGUCAACAGGUGAGGAUGAUAAGGGGUGGAUCUGGACUCCGUUUCCAGAAAUUCGACGCGAGUUUAUGAAAGAUCUAAAAAAAGGUAACUUGCCAAAAUUUGGAUCUGUCACUAGCCAUGCUACAGAAACUGUUGCUUCUGCACUUGUUGCUGAGGAAGCUGGAAAACUGCAUAUUCCUCUUGGCAGUGAUGACUACAUUGUGUCUGACUAUGAGGAUGAACUCUCAAGCAUAAUUGCUUGUGCAUUGGCCUUUCUGAAGGAUUUUGGGGAUGAUGAUAGAAAAGACAAAGUAAUGGAAACCAAGAUAUAUGAGAGUUCUCAAGGCCUAAUGCGAAUAUUCUCAUUGUCUUCUCCACAUUGGUCAGCUAGCUCUAGCUCAUUAGAUUCUGCUGAAGGUAGUCAUUCUUCUAGUGGUCUUUUUGAUGAAUCUCGCUCAUCAAGUUUUGAUGGGUUAGAUUCAUUGGAAUCUUCCGUUUCUACAACAGCUUUUCAUUCAGAAGUUUCGAUGGGUUCAGGAAAGCUCCAGGGAAAACGUAAAUACACUGUUCUUUGUACCUUUGCUAGCCAGUUUCGUCAGUUGCGGGACCGAUGUUGUACAUCUGAGGAUGAUUAUAUUGCUUCAUUAAGUCGGUGUAGGGGUUGGGAUGCUAAAGGUGGGAAAAGUAAAUCUUUCUUCGCUAAAACUUUAGAUGACAGGUUCAUCAUAAAGGGAAUUAAGAGGACCGAAUUUGAUUCAUUUAUGAUGUUUGGUCUUGGUUAUUUCCACUAUAUGGAUCAGUGCUAUGAAAAGGGGAAUCAGACCUGCCUGGCAAAAAUUCUUGGUGUUUAUCAGGUUACCAUUAGGAAUACAAAGAAUGGAAAAGAGACAAAGCAUGAGCUGAUGGUGAUGGAAAACCUUUCAUUUGGUCGAAAUAUCACUCGCCAAUAUGACCUUAAAGGUGCUCUGCAUGCUCGAUUUAAUUCCGCUGGCAAUGGGGCGGGAGAUGUGCUUCUUGACCAGAACUUUGUGAAUGAUAUGAAUGUCUCUCCUCUGUACGUCAGUAGGGAAUCAAAGCGAAAUCUGCAACGUGCUGUAUGGAAUGACACUGGUUUCCUCAAUCUGAUCAAUGUAAUGGAUUAUUCUCUACUUGUGGGAGUGGAUACUGAGCGGCGUGAACUUGUUUGUGGCAUCAUCGAUUACCUCAGACAGUAUACAUGGGACAAGCAAUUCGAGACCUGGGUCAAAACCUCACUUGUCGUCCCCAAGAAUCAGUUGCCCACCGUAAUCUCCCCCAUAGAGUACAAGAAGAGAUUCAGAAAGUUCAUCGACACCCAUUUUAUAAGCGUUCCAGAUCAUUGGUGCUCUCGAGGACCUUCAAAUCCAUGCCAACUUUGUGGCACAGCAGGCAGCGUUGAUUCAGCGCACAGAAGAUCCCAAGAUGGGAACUCUACGGAACAAGAGGAGAAUGAACGCGGGGAGUCGUCUGCUCCUUAAUCUGCUCUGAAUGAAAUCGUUUUUCAUGCUUUGCAUUUUUUUUUUUUUGUUUCUUCUGGUUCAAUACAUCUGUACCACAGUCGGAAAUGAUCCGUUUGUGGUGUGAUUGAAUAUUGUACAUAGGAAAGGAAAUAUAGGUAUACCCAAAUCUGAUUCUGCGAUUUUUUUAGCAAAUUCAUGGGGGGCUGCUUCUGGUCUGUAUGUCUGGGUUCAUUUAGGUCCUACGGAAGGAUUCAACGUAACCUUGCAAAUAUAUAUUAUAUAUUUUUUGUGGAUGCCGAUCGAGAAAUUGUAAAAAGCCAUGCUAGCUUUCACAUUUCUGUUAUAAAUUUUUUACUUGAUGAAUGAAUGAAAUUUCAGUAGAAGCUUUCCUUCUGA